UGGAUAGAUUAUAAAUUGUUGUAAUUUAUUUGGUACGCAUCCGUUCAGACUCGGUGAAGGAGGCGGGGCUUUAGUUUGAAUGUUCGUUGGGUUUUUCCAAGGGUUCUUCGCUCCAAUUAAGAUCUGUCAAAGUGCGCAUGCCCGUAGUUGAGACCAAUCAGCGCGUGACUUGACUUCGGCUCUGGCUAUAUAAACAUGGGUUUACUCGCCUCUCGGUAUAUCUUCAGUCACUACGGCGAAGUGGGCUGUUAACGAUGGCGAGAACGAAGCAGACAGCGCGUAAGUCCACUGGCGGCAAAGCCCCCAGGAAGCAGCUGGCCACAAAAGCGGCCCGGAAAAGCGCCCCGGCCACCGGCGGCGUGAAGAAGCCUCACCGAUACAGACCCGGUACUGUGGCCCUUCGAGAGAUCCGCCGCUACCAGAAAUCUACAGAGCUGCUGAUCCGUAAACUGCCCUUCCAGCGGCUGGUGAGGGAGAUAGCCCAGGACUUUAAAACCGACCUGCGUUUCCAGAGCUCCGCUGUCAUGGCUCUUCAGGAGGCCAGCGAGGCGUACUUGGUCGGUCUGUUCGAGGACACCAAUCUGUGCGCCAUCCACGCCAAAAGGAUGAGCGGUCGCGGUAAGGGAGGUAAAGGUCUCGGGAAAGGAGGCGCUAAGCGUCACCGCAAAGUCCUCCGGGACAACAUCCAGGGAAUCACCAAGCCCGCCAUCCGCCGUCUGGCGCGGCGCGGCGGCGUCAAGCGUAUCUCUGGUCUGAUCUACGAGGAGACCCGCGGUGUCCUCAAGGUCUUCCUGGAGAACGUGAUCCGCGAUGCCGUCACCUACACCGAGCACGCCAAGAGGAAGACCGUCACCGCCAUGGACGUAGUGUACGCGCUGAAGAGGCAGGGACGCACCCUGUACGGCUUCGGCGGUUAAACGCGUCAAGUAACAUCACCCAAAGGCUCUUUUAAGAGCCACCCACUUCAUCUAGAGAGGAACCUUUCCUGUUUUACAGAACUCGUUUCAAUCUGCUCCAGGCCGAGACUAUAAAAACGGCUCUAAACCCUUUCACCCAGCCCACCGCAACUAGCCUAUGGGUACUCCGCCACCCCAUCCUACGUACGAAUAUGCCUGCCCUAAAUACCACCA